UAACACGUGGUUUGGAUGUCGUUUUGUUCUGCAAUUUAUCUGCUUCGCGUCUCGGUGAACGCGACCACAUCAAAUACCCACAACUCCAUGUUCCUCUCUUCCUCUCUCUCUUCCUCUGUAUGUGAAAAUUCGAAGAGGAUUCUUCACAGCGAAGAUUCGGCGAAGUUCUUCCCCGAAUUCUCUCCAAUGGCGCGCGAUAAUUCCGGUAAGCUAGAUAGGAUUCUGGAAGGCUUUUCUCCGGCGUCGGCUCCUCGAAUUCAGUGGAAAUCUCGCCGGAGAUCAGCUACCGAGAGGAUCUUAGACAACAUAACUCAAGAUCAUGAUGCUGCUGACAAAACAUCCGACAAACACGAACAACCUCAGCCCCCCAAAACACUCUUCCCCGACCUCUCCGACCGUCGAAAGGCCCUCUUUGAGCCUUUAGAAUCCGUCAAAAACAUCAAUGGCCGCAGACCAUCAGCUGAAUCCUUACUCCCUCCACCCGACUUCGACGCCACCGCAUAUCCCCGAGGCUGGCUGAUCGGAAAGAAGCGAAAACUCGUCAAUGUCGACGUUGUCGAAAGCAUGCGGAGGAUUGCCAUUCAAGAAAUGAACAGAAAGGACCGAGAAAUCGGCGGUCUGAAUGAGCAGCUCGACGAGGACGCGCGCUGCUUAGAACAUCUUCAAAUUCAACUUCUACAAGAGAAGAGCAAAAGAUCAGAGGUCGAGAGGGAAAAUGCAAUGCUGCAUGAUCAAGUAAGUAUGCUAAUGAGCAUGCUGGAAAAUGAAGGAGCUGAUGGCUCAGAUGAACCUUAAAAUUCUAUUAUCAUAUACUUUAUUUGUUUCUUUUAAAUUCUUUUUUUGUAGAUUAUAAUUUGGUGUGGUUGGCAGAUAAAUUUUUAAUUAUUUUAAAUAUCCAUGAAAAUACAUGCAUCCUUAGUAUUGUAUGGAUA